CAAUAAGUAGCAGUCCUUGAAUUAGUCAGGCAACAUUGACGACUGCUCCGAGACUGAGCCGAAAACUUCGAAAGCAUAUAUCGAUUCAGAAAUUUGGCUCAUGAUGCAGCUACAUUUGCUGUGCAUUUGGUGGCUAAGCCAAUGUUUAGCAUUGACAAUAAACGGACAUUGCCUCAGGCAAUCGCUGCGUGCGGAAGCAGCAGCUGAGGUGCUUGCCGCACGCCACAUGUGGCAGCCAUCGCGGCCAGCCACUCCCUGGUUGGCCGACACAGGCAGCUGCGCGGGCCCAACAGCUUUGCGGCGCACAGCUGACAGCCAUGUGGCAGCAGGCAACCAGCUGCAUGGCUCCAAUGCAACAGUCGCCUGGACAGCGGCUCCCGCGGUGAGCAGGGCUAAUUAUGUCUAUCAAUGCGCCGCCAAGCGUGUGGCAGAUCCAUCGCCAGAUUCGACCGCAGCCAAAGCCAAAAGCCCUUCCCAGCAACUGCGGCAGCAGCAGCAACAGUUGACAGUGCCUGCAUUUGUGCUGCAGCUGGCCAAUAUUUGGAAUGGAACUUAAGCACGACAAGAAAUCAAGUUGAGAUUCGCUUAUUCAACUAUAUUUUAUAGCAUUUUUAUUAUUGUGCUACAUGCCAAGUAUUAUAUUUAUAAAAGCUGUUGUUAGUUCAAUGUUAAAUAUAUAGCCACGAUUUAGCCACAAGAGGCUAGAAAGAAACACACUUGAAGAUAA